CUAUUCCUCUACCCCGUCUGCCCUUUCAUUCAUGACUUGGCACACCUACAGAUGACCGCCGGCCCAAUGCGGUGCAUGUCGCGACCAUUCCGCAGCCUCGCGCGCACGCACAAGCUCAGCUCCAGGCAGGCCAUCACUCCCGCUAUCGCAACUGCCCGUAUAUCCGUUCGCCCGUUCGCCAAAGUACAGCAGCCCGAGGGCACCGAGAAGGGAGAAUGGUUCAGCGCGUCGCAUCCUACCCCGCUGCCGGCGGAACACAAGGCCGAGGGUGGAAAACCGCCUGACGAGCGCACACUAAAGCUGGGCAAGACAAUCCGGAUCCUCCACGAGCGCCUCCCCACCCUUCUUGCAUCGCCUCUUCCCCAGGAGAUCCUGUCACCACAAAUUACGCUCCGCUUAUUUCCGUCGACGCACCCACAUCUUCCCAAUGUCAGUGGUCGCAUAGCAUAUACGGCAGCUCUUUGGACAGCGCCCGUUGCUUGGGGCCGCGUCCCCGUGGUGGGCAAUGUGAGGCUCGACGUAAUGUCGGAGCGCAUGGCGCGGAACGGCGACGGCGGCGGACCCGCCAAUUACCGGCACGAGAAGCUUAUCGUCAAGUGGAAGACAUGCGGGAAAACUAGGGGGAAGGGGGUUGGGGCGCUAUACCGAGGAAUUUCAGCAGGCGAGCAGGUUGACAAGAUCACCGAGUUCCUGGGCGGGGAUGCGCGAGACGACGAAGAAUUCCAAGGGCUAUUUAUAUUCGAGUUCGACGAGGAGGGCAGGGUCGUUACGCACACGAUCGAGCAUGCGGAGGAGGGAAACAGCUGGGACAAGAUGGCGAGGGUGAUUAGCGUCACGGAUUGGCUGCUGGGCAGGGCAUGGGGCAAGCGGGAGCCGACGGGCCUGGCGCUGGGAUACUGCAGGAAUGAGGGUGGAAGGAUCCAUGGGAUUGACGGGAGGAGAUGA